AUGGCUACAGCUGCUACGAUCACGGCGCAGCCUGUGCCUUUCGGUGUCAAGCAAAGUAUACAACGACCGGUCUUCGAUCCCAUAGUCCUUUCAGCCAAGCUCGCAGCCCUGCAGACAAAUGAUGUCUUCUGCAACGAACAGCAGCGGACGCGAAAUUCCGGCACUGCCGCAAAACGACGAAGCUAUGUUCCACGCAACGCAGCGCAACAGUUUCACAAUACUGCGACGCCUAUGAGGACUGGCAACAACGAACAAGCGAUCAAGCGAGCCAAAUCGACGGCAGAAAGGCAGAAGCCAAUGUACAUGGCUGAUGGGAAACCCUGUGUCAAUCCCAAACGACUACAGGCUGCGUUACAUAUUGGAAUGACAGACCAUGAAGCUGCUGCCGCAAUACCAGAAGUGCCUAGAGGCCAUAUCUCCAACGCCGAUAGACGACGAGAGCAAAGACGACAAGCUUCACCACCUUCCGGAGCUGCAGCAGAUACCGGGGUUCAUCGCAGCACCAGCAAUGCGGCAGCAUACAAACCCGGUGAUGCAGCUGCUCGACGCAAUAUCGCCAGUAAGCGAAGCUCACUGCCAGCAACUCAGCCUCAGGGGAAGUUGAUAGCAGUCAAACACGGAUUCCACACAACUUGCGAGCGAGAGUCGAUGCUACAAAGCGAGACGGUGCCGCAGUUCAACGCCGCCUCAGCAUCAUGGCAAGCCACUUCAGACCAUCCAGCACAUCCACAGCGUCCCUCGAUCAAAGCCUCUGAUCGACCGAACUGGACCCAAGCCUCGCAAUGUGGAGAGGACAUGCAUCAUCUCCUCGGCAAUUGGAAACGACACCACAAGAGACCUGAAGCUGUAGAUGAGAGUGCGGAAGAGAGCCAGCAGGAGCCGUUGCAGAGGCAUAAGUCGCUGGGUGCUGCGCCUGAGAAUUUGAUCAGUGAUGCUGUGGAGAAGAUCAGGCGGGAGGAGAAGGCCAGUAGGCGGAGGAGUGUCAUGGGUUUCUUCAAGCGGCUCUAA